UUUUCUCCUGCUCAAUUAGAGAUUUAAAUGAACCUAAACCUACAACGACUAAGCUGAAAGAGAAGAUAUGAUUGAAAUUCUUGCUUUCACAUUAAGCUUGAAAUAAUUAACAGCAAGAUUUCCCCUUCUUUCUCAACAACUCUCUUCUCUUCUCUUCUCUUCUCUGAGAUGAUUACAAUUCUAUCAUCCCUUCUUCCAUUCUUUAUAUUCCACAUUCUAUUAAUAAUAACAAUGUCUUCCUCAUAUUCUAUCCAAGACAAUAACUAUUAUAAUACCAAAAAUACCCUUCUUCAAUGUCUUUCUCUCUAUUCAGAACCUUCUCAUCCAAUCUCUGAAGUAACCUAUUUUCCCAACACCCCUUCAUAUUCACCCAUCUUACAAUCCUACAUAAGAAACCUUAGAUUCAACUCAUCCACUACUCCAAAACCACUUUUCAUUGUGGUCCCCACUCAUGUCUCCCACAUCCAAUCAUCAAUCUUAUGCUGCAAAAAAUUUGAUCUUGAAAUCAGAAUUAGAAGUGGUGGUCAUGACUAUGAUGGUCUUUCAUAUGUAUCACAAAACCCGUUCAUUGUUCUUGACAUAUUUUUGCUCAGAUCAAUUGUUUUCAACUUAAAAGAUGAAACUUUGUGGGUUGAAUCAGGUGCAACAGUUGGUGAACUUUAUUAUAGGAUUGCUGAGAAGAGUAAAGUUCAUGGUUUUCCAGCUGGGGUUUGUCCUACUGUUGGUGUUGGUGGACAUUUCAGUGGGGGAGGUUAUGGUAACAUGAUGAGAAAAUUUGGGUUAUCUAUUGAUAAUGUUAUUGAUGCUAAAAUUGUUGAUGUUGAUGGAAGAGUGCUUGAUAGAAAUUCAAUGGGGGAAGAUCUUUUUUGGGCUAUUAGAGGUGGUGGUGGUGCUAGUUUUGGUGUUAUUGUUUCUUGGAAGAUUAGCUUGGUUCCUGUGCCUGAAAUUGUGACUGUUUUUAGAGUUGAAAAAACAUUGGAACAAGGUGCUAGUGAUGUUGUUCAUCAGUGGCAAUAUGUUGCUGAUAAGAUACAUGAUGGUUUGUUUAUUAGAGUUGUUAUUAGUCCUGCUAAGAGAAACGGUGAGAAAACAAUAAAGGCUAAGUUCAAUGCUUUGUUUCUUGGAGAUGCAAAUGAACUGCUUGAUGUAAUGACUGAGAGGUUUCCUGAAUUGGGUUUGGUUGGUGAACAGUGUAUUGAAAUGAGUUGGAUUGAUUCAGUGUUGUUUUGGUAUAACUAUCCGGUUGGGACCUUGACUGAUGUAUUGCUUGAAAGACAUUCAUCACAGGAGAAGUUUUUGAAGAGGAAAUCAGAUUAUGUGCAGGGGCCGAUUUCAAAAAUUGGGCUUGAUGGUAUAUGGAAGAAGAUGGUGGAAUUGGGAAAGGUUUCAUUGACAUUCAAUCCUUAUGGUGGGAAAAUGAGUGAGAUUUCUGAGGAGGAAACACCAUUCCCACAUAGAGCUGGUAACAUAUAUAAAAUUCAGUACUCAGUGAGUUGGAAAGAGGAAAGUAACGAUGUUGCCGAUCAAUAUUUAGAUAAGAUUCGAAAGCUCUAUGAUUAUAUGACACCUUAUGUUUCAAACUCACCUAGAAGUUCAUAUCUAAACUACAGAGAUGUUGAUAUAGGUGUGAAUGGAGGUGGGAAUGUUAGUUAUGAAGAAGCUAGUAUUUGGGGUAACAAGUAUUUCAAAAGAAACUUUGAUAGGCUUGUUGAGGUAAAGAGUGCAAUUGAUCCGAGCAAUUUUUUCAGAUAUGAACAGAGUAUCCCAUCACUUUCAUCUGAGAAUAAUAUAAUGGCAGAAUAGAAGCAGCCAUGAAAGGGUGUGUAUAAAAAAAAGAGGUAUCUAAAAGCAUGCCAAUAUCAAGGAAAAACCAGUUCAAAGUUAGAUUGAAAUUUGUCAUAAUAUUUGAUUGGUUAGAAAAUUAUUUACUGUCCAAUUGUAUGUAUCAUUAAGGGACUUUGUUCAUUUCUGUUGUAAGCUUUGUUCAUUUCUGUUGUAAGCUGAGAUGACGGAUGGUUUAUAGAAUAAGAAUUUGGGCUUGUAGCUAAUGCCAUUCGACUGUAGAUUAAUGAUAUUCCAAUUUAAUUUAUUAAAAGCUUUACACAA